UCUCUCACUAGCACUCUUGCUGGAGGCACACCAAUACCUUUCUGCUGAGGAGAAAAAGCCCACAACUACCUUAAAGGGUUAAGACAAUAUGCGCAACUCUCACCUUUUAUAGCGAUCACUAUUUAAAUUUGGCAAGAGCUGACACCAGUCUUUGCAGGAAUGGAGUCUGUAAAACAAAGGAUUUUGACCCCAGGAAAAGAGGGGCUAAAGAAUUUUGCCGGAAAAUCCCUCGGCCAGAUCUACAGGGUGCUGGAGAAGAAGCAAGAGGCCGGGGAGACCAUCGAGCUGACGGAAGAUGGGAAGCCUCUGGAGGUGCCUGAGAAAAAGGCGCCUCUGUGCGACUGCACGUGCUUUGGCCUGCCGCGUCGCUACAUCAUUGCUAUCAUGAGCGGCCUCGGCUUCUGCAUCUCGUUCGGGAUCCGCUGCAACCUGGGCGUGGCCAUCGUGGACAUGGUCAACAACAGCACCAUCCACCGCGGGGGCAAAGUCAUAAAGGAGAAAGCCAAAUUCAACUGGGACCCAGAAACCGUAGGGAUGAUCCACGGUUCCUUCUUUUGGGGCUACAUCAUCACGCAGAUUCCAGGUGGCUACAUCGCGUCUCGGCUGGCAGCCAACAGGGUUUUUGGAGCUGCCAUACUUCUUACCUCUACCCUCAAUAUGCUAAUCCCAUCAGCAGCCAGAGUGCAUUAUGGGUGUGUCAUCUUUGUUAGGAUAUUGCAGGGACUUGUUGAGGGCGUCACCUACCCAGCAUGCCAUGGGAUAUGGAGCAAAUGGGCCCCUCCACUAGAGAGGAGUAGGUUGGCGACCACCUCCUUUUGUGGUUCCUAUGCUGGAGCUGUGAUUGCAAUGCCUUUAGCUGGCAUUCUUGUACAGUAUACUGGCUGGUCUUCAGUAUUCUAUGUCUAUGGAAGCUUUGGAAUGAUCUGGUACAUGUUUUGGCUUUUGGUGUCUUACGAGAGUCCUGCAAAGCAUCCUACUAUUACAGAUGAAGAACGUAGGUACAUAGAAGAAAGCAUUGGAGAGAGUGCAAAUCUUUUAGGUGCAAUGGAAAAAUUCAAGACUCCAUGGAGGAAAUUUUUUACAUCAAUGCCAGUCUAUGCAAUAAUCGUUGCAAACUUCUGCAGAAGCUGGACUUUUUAUUUAUUACUUAUUAGUCAGCCAGCAUAUUUUGAGGAAGUCUUUGGAUUUGAAAUCAGCAAGGUUGGCAUGCUGUCUGCUGUGCCACACUUAGUAAUGACUAUUAUUGUGCCUAUCGGAGGGCAGAUUGCAGAUUUUCUAAGAAGCAAGCAAAUUCUUUCCACUACUACAGUAAGAAAGAUUAUGAAUUGUGGUGGUUUUGGCAUGGAAGCAACACUGCUUCUGGUCGUCGGCUAUUCUCAUACUAGAGGGGUAGCUAUCUCAUUCUUGGUACUUGCAGUGGGAUUCAGUGGAUUUGCUAUAUCUGGUUUCAAUGUUAACCAUCUGGAUAUCGCUCCAAGAUAUGCCAGUAUCUUAAUGGGUAUUUCGAAUGGUGUUGGAACAUUGUCAGGAAUGGUUUGCCCUAUCAUUGUUGGUGCAAUGACCAAGAAUAAGUCACGUGAAGAGUGGCAGUAUGUCUUCCUGAUCGCUGCCCUAGUCCAUUAUGGCGGAGUUAUAUUUUAUGCAAUAUUUGCCUCAGGAGAGAAGCAACCCUGGGCAGACCCUGAGGAAACAAGUGAAGAAAAAUGUGGAUUUAUCCAUGAAGAUGAACUUGAUGAAGAAACAGGGGACAUUACUCAAAAUUAUAUAAAUUACAGUACCACCAAGUCUUAUGGUGCGACGACACAGGCCAAUGGAGGUUGGCCUAAUGGCUGGGAAAAGAAAGAGGAAUUUGUACAAGAAGAAGUACAUGACUCAUACACCUACAAGGACCGAGAUGAUUAUUCAUAACAAAGCUAUUGGCUGGAUUUUAGUGUUUGUGAUUAAAUUAAUUGUGAUUGCACAAAAAUUUUAAAAAUAUGUGAUGUAAACAUGUAAACAUAUCAACCAGGCAAGUCUUGCUAUAAAAAUGAAAUCAGAACAAACUCAUGAAGUUACCAUCAAGUGCAAUCUGUAGAAGUUGUGAAAAUCAUUCAUUUCCAUCCAGGUCAUCUAUUCUUGUGUUUAUGAUUUAAAGGUUGACUGGUAAAAAAUGUAGAAGCAAGUAAUUACUCAUUGGAUUCAUAUGAGCUAAAACUCAUCACCGUUUAAUAAAGCACAAC